AUGUCUACUGCAAUCACAUCCGACGGCCGACCUGGCAAGAAGCGACGCGCUCCGAUCGCUUGCACCGCGUGCCAUGCUCGAAAAGUCCGCUGCAACGUGGUCCUUGUUGGCCAGCCCUGCUCCAACUGCCAGCAAGACCAGACUGAAUGUGCUUUGCACGUCUCUGCCAGAGGUAAACACAAGCGACGAAAGCUGAAAAGUAACACCCACGUCCGUGCAGUCACGCCGGCUUCAUUAUCUUCAGCUGGGCCAUCUGCGGAUGCUCUAAACCCCCCCACGGCUACCACGGAUCUCACGGACUCGAACCGCCCGAUCUGUCUGCCCUCAGAACCUCCAUCACGAGACGAAUAUGAGUCCAAGGCCAACGUGGAAGCCUAUAGGAACAUUGUCGAUGCUGUUCAGACGAGCGGCGCUAAGGUCCCCCUGUACGUUGGCGAGCUUCAAUCGCUUCGAUUCAUUUUCCAUGUCGCCAGAGACAAGAGCAUCGCCUCCAAGGCUCAUUACCUGGUUCCUCCACCAAAGAGGCGUCAGCUAUCACCAGAAGAAUACGCGUGCCUACAAGCCAAGGGGGCUUUUUCCACCGAGUCGGAUGACUUGAGGGACGAGCUCCUGGGCUUGUUUUUCGACUAUGUCUACCCGAUCCUGCCGAUUGUUGACCCUUAUGAUUUUCGUCGUCGGUACGAGGCGGGCGGUGUUCAGAGCCUCAGCCCGCUCUUGCUUCAGAGCAUGUUUCUUGCUGCAAGCAACUUUAUCUCGACAGACGGGUUGAAAAGGUCAGGCUGGCCGUCGCUGAUGCAUAUGAAGAGAAAAUUCUACGAGAGGGCCAAGGCCCUGUACGACUUCGAAUACGAAACUGAUAAGAUAUGCUUGAUCCAGUCAGUCCUGUUGCUCGGCUACUGGUUGGGACAAGCUCACGACCGGACCGACAGCUGGCACUGGGUCGGCGUAGCAAUCAGCCUGAGCCAGAGCGUCGGCCUCCACCGUGAUCCAGGCAGCUCGGACGUGCCUCCGUUGCAGCGCAGCCUGUGGAGACGGAUCUGGUGGUGUUGCUACUACCGGGACCGAUGCAUCGCGUUGGGGAUGGGACGGGCAUUCCGCAUCAACGCCAAAGACUGUGACGUGAAGGAGCUUACACUUGAAGACCUGGUGCACACCGCGGCCGACUCCCCUACGUCGUCGUCCCACUCAAACCUGAAUGAGGAAAGCGCGGCCAUUGUGGCCAAGUGCAACAGCUACGCCCCCAUAUUUCUGGAGAUUGUCAAAUUGAGCCAGAUUUUGGGCGAAGUGCUUGCCUCUGUAUACAGACCACGGCAAGAGCCGAUUUCCUGGAGUGCGGUCGAGCUCCUGGAAGACAAACUCGCUCGCUGGCAAGUGGCUCUCGACCCACGGUGUCGAGUCGACACGCCGCUUACCGCUUUGAAUGAGCCCAUCGCCAUGACGUUGCACAAAUACUACAUCCAGAUCCUCCAUCAUGUCACGGUGGUCACCAUGUACAAACCCUUCGUCUUCCAAGACGGCUUACUCCCCACCCGGCCUGAAAGCGACAUCCGCGCACGGAUCGCGUGGGAAGGAUGCCAGCUGUCGGCAUUCGCAGCGACAGACGGCUUCCGAAAGCUCAGUGAGCUCGAGCUCGUCCGGUUCCUACCUCCUGAAAGGCAAGGCAACACAACUUUCUUUCUCUUCCUCCGCCGCUUUCUCAUCUAA